AUGGAAGGCAUCAUGGUUGAGCCUGUGCUCGCCAGUCCUGUCGACCGUAUGCGCCGGGUGUCUAUCCUGACCAUCAAGACUAACCUUCCAAUGGACAGCUUUCCAGAGUAUCAGGACCCCUUUUCGUCCUCAGACGACACCAUGACUGAGUCUCCUAGCACCCUCAACCCAGCCAACAGGCUCGUUGAGAAGACCAGAGGCACAGAGGUUUCCCGACACCCAUCACCCCAGCCAACACACGUCAGCUAUCCCAAGAUGAACGGCAACGGCCACAGAGUCUUGCGGUCGGCCACGGUUGGCUAUGUUGCCCCUGAAUUCAAGGGCAAGGCCGAGCAGAUGAAGCAAGUACGGGAAAUCAUCCUUAAGGGCGGUUGGAUUCCCGAGGCUCUCGUCGACGCUCAGAUCAUCUGGUUCUACAAUGAGCUGGCCAUCGACGAUGUCUACUUCCAGCUCGAGUCUCCUGAAGCCAUCAGCAACCACAUCACAUCGCUCUAUGCUGCCAAGGUAGCAGCCUUCUCUCGUGAGGACAAGCGUGAGGAGAUCCGGCUGGACAUGGAAGCCUCUGACCAUGCCAUCUACAUCGACACAAGCGAGCCCGGCAAGACCUCCAUCAACGGCCCAAGAUACGAGCACCGCCUCGAGUCCAAGUACUUGGAUGGUGGUGACACCUCGAAGCGCUUCCGCGUCGAGACUUUCCGGUCUCCCGGUGUUUUGGGACAAGACGCCAACUCCAAGGCCACUCUCCGCUGCUACUUCGUGUAUCAGUGCCAGUUUGUUGAUGCAAAUGCCGACCCAAUGGAGACCAGAUUGGAGGUUAUCAGCGACCGCAUGUUCCUCGCCAAGGCCACCAAGAACACUAAGGUGAUCUAUCAGGAGAUCAUCGAGAGCGCUGUCCGCCGUGCUGGUCCCGUUAUCGAGGUCUACGACAUUGAGGGGACCCCGGAGAAGAGAUUGGUCGUUGCUUUCCGCUCAAGAACUGCCAGGGGCAUCUUCAGCGCCCUGAGCGAUCUCUAUCACUACUAUGGCGUCACCAGCUCCCGCAAGUACGUCGAGCAGUUCUCCAACGGCAUCACCAUCAUCAGCAUCUACCUGCGACCCGCCUCCAACCUCGAGGGCAAGUUCCCCUCCAUCGAGGAGUCCAUCCACCAGAUCACCAAGGAGAUCUCCCUCCUAUACUGCAUUCCCCAGACCAAGCUGCAGGACAUGUUUGCCUCGGGCGAGCUCAGUUUGCAGGAGACCAUCUACGCUCACUCUGUGUGGGUCUUUGUGCAGCACUUCCUCAACCGUCUUGGAUCUGAGUAUGCUUCGCUAGUGGCGGCCCUCAAUCCCAAGAACAAUUCGCACGCCGAGAUUCUGUCCAAGAUGAAGAAGCGUCUCCGCACUGAGACUUUUACGCCCGACUACAUCCUGGAGAUUAUCAAGUCUCAUCCUGGACUCGUCAGGGCUUUGUAUGCCUCCUUCGCCAAUGUGCACCUCAAGGUCGGCCCUGGUUUUGACCGCCACUUCAUUGCCCCCACGCCAGCCUUUGAGGUCCUCUCAGACGCCAAGCUCAAGGACAAGAUCACCAAGGACGUGAAUAACGAGCACGAAGAGAUGGUGAUGACUGCCUUCCGCGUCUUCAACAAUGCCGUCCUCAAGACCAACUACUUCACCCCUACCAAGGUCGCCCUCAGCUUCCGCCUCGACCCAAGCUUCCUGCCCGAGUUUGAGUACCCCAACCGUCUCUACGGCAUGUUCCUCGUCAUCUCUUCCGAGUCUCGCGGUUUCCACCUUCGCUUCAAGGACAUUGCCCGUGGCGGUAUCCGCAUUGUCAAGUCCCGCAGCAAGGAGGCCUACUCCAUCAACGCCCGCAACUUGUUCGAUGAGAACUACAAUCUCGCCAGCACCCAGCAGCGCAAGAACAAGGACAUUCCCGAAGGUGGCUCCAAGGGUGUCAUCUUGCUCGACCCCAAGCAGCAAGACAAGGCUCGUGAGGCUUUCGAGAAGUACAUUGACAGCAUUCUCGAUUUGCUCCUCAAGCCAGAGACCCCUGGCAUCAAGAACCCCAUUGUGGACCUCUACGGCAAGGAGGAGAUCCUCUUCAUGGGUCCCGACGAGAACACGGCCGACCUCGUCGAUUGGGCCACCGAGCACGCCCGCCAUCGCGGCGCUCCCUGGUGGAAGUCCUUCUUCACCGGCAAGUCCCCCAAACUGGGCGGUAUCCCCCACGACACCUACGGCAUGACCACUCUCUCGGUCCGCGAGUACGUCAAGGGCAUCUACCGCAAGCUCAACCUCGACCCCUCCACCGUCCGCAAGAUGCAGACUGGAGGCCCAGACGGUGAUCUCGGCUCCAACGAGAUCCUCCUCAGCAACGAAAAGUACACCGCCGUUGUCGAUGGCUCCGGUGUCCUUGUCGACCCCAACGGAAUCGACAAGGACGAGCUCCGCCGCCUGGCCAAGAACCGACAGAUGAUUGUCCACUUUGAUCUGUCCAAGCUCUCCAAGGAUGGUUACCGUGUCCUUUGCGAGGAUGCCAACAUCACUCUCCCCACCGGCGAGGUCGUCAACAACGGCACUGCCUUCCGCAACACCUACCACCUCCGCGACACUGGCCUCACUGACAUGUUUGUCCCCUGCGGUGGCCGACCCGAGUCCAUCGACCUCGUCUCCGCCAACAAGCUCAUCAAGGACGGCAAGUGCACGGUCCCUUACAUCGUCGAAGGUGCCAACCUCUUCAUCACUCAAGACGCGAAACUUCGCCUCGAAGAGGCUGGUUGCAUCGUCUACAAGGACGCCUCGGCCAACAAGGGCGGUGUCACCUCGUCCUCUCUCGAGGUGCUGGCCUCCCUCUCCUUUGACGACGAGUCCUUCGUCAAGGACAUGUGCGUCGACAAGAAAGGCAACGCGCCCGAGUUCUACAAGGCGUACGUCAAGGCCGUGCAGGAAAAGAUUCAGGAGAACGCCAGGUUGGAGUUUGAGGCCAUCUGGGCUGAGCACCAGAAGACCAAGGUGCCUCGUUCCAUUCUGUCUGAUAAGCUGUCGCAGGCGAUUACCAGUCUGGAUGAGCAGCUCCAGCACAGCGAUCUGUGGGAGAAUGAGGCGCUCAGGAACAGUGUCUUGGCGGACGCGCUGCCGAACUUGUUGAUUGAGAAGAUUGGGUUGGAGACGAUCAUCAAGCGGGUGCCGGAUAGCUACCUGAGGGCCAUCUUUGGGAGUUAUGUGGCGAGUCGGUUCGUGUAUGAGUUUGGGAGUGGGGCGGGGCAGUUUGCGUUCUAUGAUUUGUGA